AUGAGUAAUCAUAACAAUUCAAGUUUUUUUGAAACUAGUUAAAAAUCUCAGAAAAUUUUGGAUAGAAUUAUGUCUGCCUUGUCUAAUUAGGAUUAAGAUCAAUCAUAUUAUGAUAUGAAAUAAGUUUUAGAUGAUUUGGACAAUGAUCAUUUAGAAAGAUAAAAGGGAUAAACAGAAGAAAUAAAGAUAAUAUUUACUCCACAUAAAUGUUAAAAAUUAGCUGAAAUAGAAAAAGAGUUAGAAAAUCUAAUGACUUUUAUUACUACUAUGUAAAUAUGUGAUCAAACACUUUACUAAACAACUUUAUAGAAAAUAAAAUCAGUUAGAAAAGUUAUCACAUAAAUAGUAGAUAAAUAUUUCGCUAAUUUAAAAAGCCAAUACAAUUUUGUGGCUAAUGAAUUAGUAUAAAUUCAUUUAGCACCAAUAAAGUAACAAAUUGUCUAGUUGAGAAAAGAUAUUCCAAAUUAUGAUGAGACAUAAUAUAAUGAAGUUUUUGAAAGGCAUGAAUAGAUUAAAGAAGAUUUAAAUUAAUUAAGAUAACUAUUACCUAAAGACAUAAACCUCUAAAUUACAAACUAAUCCUUAUAUGAUAUCAAGGAUUCUUUGUAUAAAUUAAUUUCAUUUAAGUUUAAAGGUAUCAACUAUUUUAAUCAAAAGAUCAAUUCAAAAUAGUUCCAAGCAGCUUUAGUGGUUUUAAAUAAUAAAAGAAAAAUCUCUUAACAUUGAAAAGCAAAAAAGGACAUUUAAAAUUUUAAGAAUAAUAAAAUAGUAUAUAUAGUUUCCGUAACAACAUUCUAUAUCAUUCUCAUAUAGACUACAUAGAUAAUAUAAAAUAGUAGGAGCUAAUAUUAAAUGAUAAUAACUAUAAAGUUAAUUAUUGCAAUCUAAUAAAUACUACUUAGAGCUUAUAUUUUAUAGGAUAAUUGUAUUAAGAUAUUAGUACCAAAUAAUUGAAGAUGAGUCAAAUAGUAACUAAAUACAAUAAACAAGAAAAUAAAAUAGAAAGAAUGUCAGAAUUACCAAUAAUUACUUAUGGUGGAUAGGCUAUAAAAUAAGGCUAGUUUAUCUAUUAUUGGGGUGGUUAUACAGUAGUUGAAGAAAUUUAGAUUGGAAGUAAAAAAGGAUUCAGGUAUGCUUUUAACAAUUUUAAAUUAGAUAUUUUAUAAAUGAAGAUUAUUGGGAGCAAAUUGAAUCGAUGAAAUAUCCUCGAAUUAAAGGAUAGUGUUGUUCCAUAGAUGAAAAAAUAUGCAUUACAGGUGGAAUGAUGAAUUAAUAUUCAGGAAAUUCAUUAAUUGAAAUAUUUAACACAGCUGAAAUGCGAUUUCAAGAUCCUAUAGAGUUGAUCAAUUCUUUUGUAUGUCUUAAUGUAUAUUUUAUUAGUCUUAUGUACCCUAAAUACUUGGAUAUUCUUUUCCAAUAUCAAACUAAGAGAUUUUUAUAAUGGGAGGUUACAAUUAAUUUGGAAAUGAUGGGAAUGCUUAAUUAAUAAAUCUAUUUUUGAAAACCAUUCAGAAAAAUUGUAAUGUUAUAUAAAGAAUAUAAAAUGUAAAUUGUACCUAACCAAUUGUAACUAAAUUAUAUAAUUUAGAUAUUUAAAUAAUAAAUAUACCUCUUCAAUUCAGAAGAUGGAAAAAUAGAAUUUAUUCAAAUAAAUGCAGAUACAUUAUAAGUUAAAAACAUAAUUCCCAUAUAAUGA